GACGCAACAAUGAAGACCAGCACGGGUGAUGAUCAACACCAGAAGGAGGCUCCUUGUCCCUCUCCGAAGCAACAUGCAGUCGUCAAGCACCUUACACAAAAUAUUCAACCAAACAUCUCCUCCGAGCUACAACUUCUACUAUUAACGUUCUCUACGGGAAUUCAAGACGCAACCACGGUCCCCGACUACCACUGCUUCUCAUCCAACCAAACCGGAAACACGAUAUUCUUGUGUCUGGGGCUCGUCUUGCCGCACCUUAAUGGGGAUGCAUUCGUCACCGCAAACAUAGGGGUUUCCCUGGGGCUCUUCCUGGCAGCGGGUUGGGCUACUGGACAGCUUAGUCACAUAAUUGGUCCCAGAAAGCGAUGGUGGCUGUUUCUCUGCAACUUCAUCCAGACGUGCUUGGUCUUCGCCGCAGCCGCCGUCCAAUACAUCCACGGAACCGAAAUCCAGGGACCCCAAGCGCUCUCGGUGAUCGGAUUGCUGGCACUGGCGGCAGGAAGCCAGGUGGUCCAGUCCCGCAGCCUGGCCAUGACCGAGAUCAGCACAGCCAUGGCGACGGCAGCGUGGGUGGAUUUACUGAUCGAUUCCAAGAUCCUUGCUUACCACAACCGACCAAGGAGUCGGCGAGUGGCCUUCCUCCUCGCUCUCGUCCUCGGUGGGUUUGUGGGCGCCUUCAUUUAUCGUGAAGUUGGAUCAGGGACAGCGAUUGCUGUCUCUGGGGCAGGAAAGUUCAUCGCCACGGUGAUGUAUCUGUUUGCGACGGCCGAGAAAGACUGCGAUGAGGAUUCCGCCGUAUAA